AUGUAUUCAAGACUGAACAAAUACACAUCAAGCCUUCACCGCAGACUAGGGGGCUCGCGACAUUACAGUAGCAGCAUUUUAAAGAAGAAAGAAUCACCAACAAGACAAAUUCAGCCAGGAAAAAGCGCCCAUGGUUUUAUUUGUUCUGACGUGGAACACAUUAAAGAAUAUAACAUGACAGCAUACUUCCUCACACACGAGAAAACUAAAACAGAAUACCUGCACCUAGAAAGAGAUGACUCUAACAACGUAUUUUCGAUAGGAUUUCGAACAACGCCUCUAGAUUCUAUGGGCACGCCUCAUAUUUUAGAGCAUACUGUUUUAUGCGGUUCAGAAAAGUAUCCCGUUCGCGAUCCGUUCUUCAAAAUGCUGAACAGGUCUUUAGCUACUUUCAUGAAUGCACUGACAGGGCCAGAUUUUACUUUCUAUCCAUUUUCUUCUCAGAAUGAGGUGGAUUACAGAAAUCUACAAAAAGUUUACCUUGAUGCAGUGUUUAAACCUAAUUUGUCGAGAUUGGACUUCUUGCAAGAAGGGUGGAGGCUGGAACACUCGAAAUUGGACGAUAGAAAUUCACCUUUGGGUUUCAAAGGAGUAGUUUAUAAUGAAAUGAAGGGCGCAUUUUCUGAGACUAAUUCUCUUUUUGGACAGAAGUUCAUAAAUGCAAUUUUACCUAAGGGAACAUAUGGUUAUGUUUCCGGUGGGGAUCCGCUACACAUUCCAGAGUUAACACAUCAACAUUUAAGAAACUUUCAUAAAACUUACUAUCAUCCUAGUAAUGCAAAGAUGUUUUCUUACGGUAAUUUUCCUUUAGAACCUAAUUUGAAGUUUGUCAAUGAUGCUUACUUGAGUAAAUAUGAUUUCUUAGAUCCAAAAGAUACGAUUGUUACACGACAGGAAAGAUGGAAAGCUCCUAAGCGGGCGAAUAUAUCCUGUAGAGUCGACCAAUAUGGAGUACCCAUAGAAAAACAGAAUCAGAUUGCAAUAGGCAUGGUAAUGUCUGACAUCACAAGCAUUUAUGAGACAUUCAUGUUGACAGCGUUAUCUGAACUUAUGAUAAUUGGUCCAAAUUCGGCUUUUUAUAAAAGUCUCAUCGAGAAAAAUAUUUCCGGUGGAUACAAUUCAUCGACGGGUUACGAUAACCAACUGAGAGAUACGUUGUUCGCUAUAGGUUUGAAAGAUAUUGAAAAAUGUAAUUUCGAACAAGUAGAGAAAAUAGCGGAUCAGACCAUUGAAGAAAUAUUCGAAAAAGGUUUUGAAAAAUCUCAUAUUGAAAGUGUUUUACAUGGCUUCGAACUAUCUAUUAAACAUCAAUCUCCUAAAUUCGGUUUGAAUGUUCUUUUCAAUUUAAUGCCUCUUUGGAACCACAACGGGCCUGUGUUAGGUGCUUUAAAAGUAAACGAAUUACUCGCUAAAUUAAAAACUGAUUUGAUGAAUCCAAGCUACGUGAAAAAUGUCGUUGAAAAGUAUUUUAUUUUGAAUCCUCAUAAGCUAGUCAUGACAAUGCAACCAGACCCCAAAUUUGAUGACAUUUUUAACGAAGCUGAAGCAAAAUUACUAAAGUCUAAAGUUAGUGCGUUGACCAAAGAAGAGAAAGAACAAAUAUACAAAGAUGGUUUAGAACUCUCCAAAGCACAGAAAGAAGUACAAAGCUUGGAAGUUUUGCCUUGUUUGAAGAUUAAUGAAAUAACUUUGAGCAAAACAGCCCCACCUUUAAAACAUACCGUAGCUGACAUCGUCCCUCUUCAAUUGUGCGAAGCAAACACGAAUGGAGUAACUUACUUCAAAGGUAUAUUAGGAACUGAAUGUCUCAAUGUGAGUCAGAGACCGUUGUUACCCUUCUUCAAUUAUAUUCUCGACAAAUUUGACACUAAAUCUUUUAACUAUCGAGAUUUGGACAAAUUCAUUAGCAAGUCUACCUCGGGAUUGAGUGUUAUUACUCACAUAACCGAACAUAUUGAUCAACAAGGUCAAUAUGAACAAGGAAUUGUUUUAAGUAGUCACUGCCUCGACGAAAACUUACCGAAAAUGCUUGAUAUUUGGAAUGAGAUAUUUAGCAAGCCAAAUUUUAAAAAUAACGAGAGGAUUGCAAUGCUUUUGAAUAACUAUUGUUCAUCAUUAUCAAAUGGAGUGAUCGACAGUGGACAUACUUACGCAAUGCAAGCCGCUAGAUCACUCAUAUCAUCAGUAGACGAGUGCAAGGAAAAUCUUCUAGGCCUUCACCAUGUUAUAAAUAUGCAAGAACUCCAAAAGACUUACAACAUCGAUUAUAUCCAAUCUUUAGUUGACCAAAUAAGCCACUCCAUCCUGAAGGGAAACAACUUAAGAGCUGCUUUUCAUUACUGUAAUACCAAUAAAGAUGUCCAUGACUCUGUCAACAAAUUUUGUGUUGAACUAUGCAAAGAUGAUGUGAAUAAAGAAAUGAAUCGCAUCAAUUGGACAGAAUGUAGACCGAUGCCUCAGGAGAAACGUGGUCUUCACAUAUCUAUGAACGUUCCGAUCAAUUUCUGUGCCAAAGUGAUACCUACAGUGCCGUAUACUAAUGCAGAUUACCCAAAACUUAGAGUUCUAUCGAGAUUUCUGAGCUCUAAAUAUUUACAUCCUGUUGUAAGAGAACAAAAUGGCGCUUACGGUGGUGGAGCCACGUUGACAAUGGAUGGUACUUUUAAUUUCUACUCAUACAGAGAUCCGAAUUCAAGAGUCACUCUUGAUGUUUUCGAUAAUACUGCAGACUGGAUGAUACAAAACCACAAACUCUUGGAUGAGCAAAAUCUCUUUGAAGCAAAAUUGUCCAUUCUGCAGCAAAUGGACCAACCUGUUGCUGAGUAUAUGAAAGGAGUUGACCUAUUUCUUUAUGGUCUUUCAUAUGACAUAUGGAAGACGCAAAGGGAACGCGUAUUGGCUGUAAAAAAUGAAGACCUGAUUGAAGUUUGUGAGAAAUAUCUUACUAAAGAUAAAUGGGCGGGAAAGUGUGUUAUCGGCGAAGGGUCGCAAGAACUGAGUAGUGGUGGAGAGGUAUGGCAAAAGAUCAGUGGCCCACAGCAAUAA